AUGUCUCUUCACUACCUUCCUCCUGUCAAGCCUUCGGCCAUCGCCCUCGGCACCGUCUUCAACCACGGCAUUGAACUAGCAGUUUUAUCCCCGCUAUUCGGCCAGACCUACCAGCGAGCCAAGGCUGCCAACACUAAAGAGGAGUUCAUCCGAUCAAAAGAAGCCGCGUCGACCGCUGCCGCCAUAGGAACUUCUCUAGUCGGCUCCGCCCUGCAAUCAUAUGGUAUCGGUGCCCUCAUCAACGCAACCGGCACUCUUAGCUACAAGGGCGCCGCUUACCUAGGUGCUCUUAUCUUCGCGGCUACAUCCGCCCCUACAUACCUUGCACAGCUCUUGACUGAGAAGCGACCUAUUGACACUGUCGCGGUCGGUGCUACAUCAAAGAUCCUCGAGACUGUUGGUUUGUCUCUAUUCCUCACCUGGUGGGGCACCCGAACCAACCCUUUCGACUAA